AUGGGUUCUUACGAAGACUCGAGAUCAAAAGCGUUCCCGCCAGGGAUUCACGCCCCAUCUGUGACCUUUUUUGAAGACGAUGCAAAGCAAGACAUUGACUGGACAACCCAAGAAAACCACUUGGAGUUCUUGGUCAAAUCCGGAGUACACGGCAUCGUAAUCGCCGGUUCUAGCGGCGAGGCGGCAACACUGACCAUGGACGAACGGAGCCAGCUAGUCAGCAGAACCCGUUCCAUCGCCAAAGCCCAGGGCAAAGACAAGUUCCCCGUCACCAUCGGCUGUAUUGCGGGCUGCACACGAGACAUCAUGUCGCAAAUCACGGCCGGCCACAGAAGUGGUGCAGACUACGCCCUAGUGCUGGUUCCCAGCAUUUUUCAUUGGGCCAUGACCAAAAAGGCGGUCGUUGCCUUCUUUCAGGAAGUGGCCGACCGCUCGCCUGUACCCAUUUUGAUCUACAAUUUCCCGAACCUCCUCUCCGGGCUCGACGUUGACUCAGAUAUGUUGGCCGAGCUAGGUUCGCACCCGAACAUAUGCGGCGUUAAGUUGACAUGCGGAGGCAUUGCGAAGGUCACUAGGAUCGCUGAGCAGUUUCGUCCCCAGGAAUUCGUUGCCCUGUCGGGCAUGAGCGAUUGGAUUGUCCCUGCGCUGUCGGUUGGAGGUGCUGGUUGCAUCUCUGGUCUGGCGAACCUGUUCCCCAAGACCCUGGUUGCAAUUUACGAGCUCUACACGACCGGUAAAGUCGCAGAAGCGACGGUGCUGCAGAAACAACUGGGUUUGCCCGAAUGGGGUGUUGGGACCAGCGGCGUGAACGGGAUGAAGUGGAUCAUCGUGAAGCGGCGCGGGUAUCCGGAAACGAGCGCACAUUGUCGGCGGCCAUUUCCCAGAUUCGUCGAUGCCGAGAAGCAAGAACGUGUGAUGAAGCUGACUGCGCCCAUGGUCCCCAUCGAGAAGGAGCUGACGACAAGGAAGUAGAUCUUGCAAUGUGAUGUUACAUUUUAGAGCACAACCAAGUCCCACCUCUCGCAGGUUGAUGGACCCUCAAAUGAUUGCGAAUCUGCAUUUAAACAGCUCGAGGCAGACGCAACUGAUGUCGACCCGUAAGCCUGCCUCCCGUUGCCUGGUUCGAACGGCUUGUAAUAGCUCGGCCGCCAUGCCUGCGUUGGUGGCGGCGUGGCGGUAACUCCGC